AUGCUGAGGCGUUGGGAUCGAAUCCAACAUGCUAUUAUCGAGUCGUUCCCUGCUCGAGGUACUAAGCCUCAUCUUAUAUGGAGUCUCUAUGAGCUUGAACCUGAUGAUGAGCACCGUGCCUAUUUGCAACGAAAAAUCACUCGACUUGGUGCGACUGAGCACGACUUUCUACGGUGGAGGAAUGCCUGUGUUGCAUACAGUCUACCUGAAGCUUUGGAAGCACUGAGGAAGCCAGAUACCCUUAAUAUGGUACCUAUGAAUACACCACUCUGGGUAACCACCCAUCUGCUGCGUCGGAAAGCCCAAUCCGUUCGCCAUGUAUCGAUUGCAAUCCAUCUUGCAUUGGUCGCUGUUCCUAGCUACGGUCCUCUCGUCUCUGCAUAUGAGCAGCCUCUAAUAUUGGCUCUCGAAGAAGCAUCCCGCCAUGAUUUAACCCACGUUCUUCCCGCACUUAUUUCACGGAUACUUGCUCUCCCAAGAAAGCACCACGCCAAAAUCCUCGCGAUAUUAUGCAGUCACCAACUAUCGUCAUCCCCGCUGGCUGCUAUAUCUCUACAAAUGGUUCUUAAUGACAUAAAUGCGCGCUCUAUGCUUCUUCCAAGCGAAACCUGGCGGUCCAUUUGGGAUAAAUGGGUGAUACUUCACCCCUUGGGAGAUAACUUUACGGCUUCACUUCGUCUACAAAUCAAAGACCAAGGUUUUCAAGCACCCUAUCACAUUAAUAAGACACGAGCUUAUACCCAAAAGGCCACGUACUUUCCGGAUCGCACAGUUCCUUCCCGUCAUAAUCCAACUUUAGCCGCCCUAACAGCUGCUGCGUACUCUAAACAGGCGUCCCCUCGACUCUUGUUGAGUAUAGCUUCCAUGCUCGCAGAUGGAUUCUUUAAUCAAUAUCCCAAUCAAGGGAGGCGCCAUCGCUCGAUUCCCAGCGUUACUUUCCUUACUGCUCUGAUAUUGGGUCUCGUUCGUAAGCGCGCAUACUCUCGAGCCGUGCAAGCCUGGAAAAAUGCCGAAAACAAUAAUAUUGACGUCACGCCGAAAUUACUGGAAGCCGUUUUAUCAGCAUAUAUUUUGAGCGGUAACUUUGAGGAAACGGUGAAAUUGUUGGACAUGUAUACAAAACCUUUCUCAAACUCUGAACUGGAAGUUGGUCAACGAUAUAGACUCCAACUGUCACCCAAAAUAAUCACGCUCCUUGUAUCUCAACUUCCAGCUGCCGCAAAGCAUACUGCAUUCAGACAAGCAUAUAGACGAUGGGGCAUCCAGCCUGAUAGUAACGCUCUGGAAGCUGUCAUGCUCGGUGCAGCAGAAGUUGUUACAAAAGAAUCUCAGGUCCACUUCGACAUAAGUAGGAAUAUGCAGGAACUCAAGGAGGGCCUCAAAAACCUCUUCCGAAGUCAGCCACUUCCACCUGAACCACCUCUAGAACAGGACAUCCUCUUACCCGGCCCAUUCGACAAAAGACACUCUAUUCGGUUAUUUCGAAACGUCCUGAUCCGAAAUUGGCCUUUCAUCGGAGGCGUAGAGCACGGAUACUGGAAAGGACCUCUCGACAAGCAAUUAAUCCAGUUGUUUAUCCCCGUCCCGCUAACCGUGCGCCACCGUACUACUGAUGACCGUGCAGGCGUCCAAUUCCACCCAAGUCCUCUUCAUCCAUCACCUACGCCCUCAUAUCCACACGCAUGCCCCACGAGACGAGCAUGGACAGCCUACCUGUCCAUUAUAGAUACAAAUGAAGUACCUGGAGCACUAGGGUGGAUGAGAUCCGCUGACGAGUUCCUUCGUAUCCGUCCUACUCCUGUGGAUACACCACUUGAUCUUUUCCGACCUGAACGGGCUGCUAUAAUCGAUGUGUUGAUUCGGUGGGAAGAUGCUAUUCUUUCGGGGGAGAUUCCUAUCGAAAGGGCGUGGCAAGAAAUAAAGGAGAGGGUUACCGAUGGGGUAGGGGAAGAAGGGGCGCUUAGAUCGUGGUUGAUCGACUGGCUGGGAGACGAAUAUGUUCCGAGCCGAAGUGAUGUUGCGAAAGCUCGGAUAAGGAUGAAGGAAGCAACGGCUGGGUCUCUUUCGAAUGUUUAA